CGACUAUAUACAGCCCUCGGUUGCACCCAGUUCCGGUUUGAAAAAUUUUUAUGAGGUUGAAAUUUUUUUGGAUCUUGAACUUUUCAGUUGUUUUUGAUGGCUGUUGAUACUUCUCAAUAUCUUAACCCCAAUAUCCUGACCCCCAACAUCCUGAGCAUAUUGUGACUAGCCAUUAACUGCCCAGCUACACCAACGCCAGAUACCAACAAUGAACAUUGCUACUCCUGUGGGUUCUGAGAUCAAACAUGUUGACUUCAAUAUUCUUUCUGCUAAGGAGAUCAGAGACUUGUCUGCCAAAAAAAUAACAAGUCCCUCUGUUUUUGACAACUUGGGCCAUCCAAUUAAUGGUGGUUUGUACGAUUUGGCAUUGGGUGCUUUUUUAAGAAAUUUAUGUGCUACUUGUGGUCUCGAUGAAAAGUUUUGUCCAGGACAUCAGGGCCAUAUCGACUUGCCAAUUCCAAUCUACAAUCCAUUGUUCUUUCUCCAUCUAUUCAACUUUCUAAGAAUGUCCUGUAUAUACUGCCAUUCUUUCAAAUUGACCCACUCAAAGGUCCAUCAUUUCGAGUGUAAACUAAGGCUUAUCCAGUACGGAUUGUUAAAAGAAGCUACAGCUCUUGACUCGAUAAAUCUUCAAAACGAUGGAGAAAUGGACGAGGCCAUAGAAGAAGAAAAUUCAGAAGACGCAAACACUGAAAACACUUCCAAAUUCAAGAUCAAAAAAUUGAUCUCAGCAAAACAAACUUUUACUGACAAUGCUAUUCAAAAUGCUUUGCAGGAGGGAAAAACAUCCAACUCUGGUGUAACAAGUCCAACAAUUCAAGAAAUUAGAAAGAGACUCAUUAUCGAGUUCUACCAUACAGUCUCAGCUAAAAAAAAAUGCGAAAACUGCUCAAUGUUCAACCCAAAUUACAGAAAGGAUGGAUACUCAAAAAUCUUUGAAGCCUCCUUAACCGAAAAGCAGACCAUUCACAAUAGAAUCAAAGGCAUCAAUAGAAAUGGAAUGAUCACUGAAAAUAAACAGUCUUCAAUCCCAGAAACUAACGAGGAUGAAGAAAUCGAUCCAGAUGCUUCUUCUCUUCCAAAUGUCAAAUAUAAAGCCGGAUCAAAAUAUGUUUUAUCUAUGGAAGUUAGAAAUAUUCUCAGAUCUGUUUUUAAGAAUGAACAAGCCAUUAUUCAAUUGAUAUUCAACUCAAGGCCUUCCAUCACUAAAAAAAAGAAUUGCAUUAAUGCUGAUAUUUUUUUCCUUCAUGCAAUUAUUGUUCCUCCUACUAGAUUCAGACUUCCUUCUAAACUUGGCGAUCAAGUUCAUGAAAAUGCUCAAAAUGAAAUACUUUCAAAAAUUCUUUCUUCAAUAAUAAGCAUCAAGGAAAUCAACGAAAGAAUCUUAAAUUUCGAGAAAGAUAAAGCAGAGUCUCCUGACGAAAGAAAGCUUUUGUUUAAUAGAUUGAUGAAUGGAUUUGUUACCUUGCAAAACAACGUCAAUGGUCUUAUUGAUUCUGCCAAAAACCAAAAUCUGAAUGUUUCAAGAGAUCCUCCACCAGGUGUCAAACAAAUUUUGGAGAAAAAAGAAGGUUUAUUCAGAAAACAUAUGAUGGGAAAGCGUGUUAACUAUGCUGCAAGAUCUGUUAUUUCUCCUGAUCCUUUAAUUGAAACCAAUCAAGUAGCAGUUCCACCUGUUUUCGCUAAAAAACUAACCUUCCCAGAACCUGUAACAUCAUACAAUGCUUCCCAGCUUCGUCAAUAUGUCAUCAAUGGUCCUGAAAAAUGGCCAGGGGCUGUUCAAAUUCAAAAUGAAGAUGGCUCUUUGAUCUCUUUAAUUGGAAUGUCUCUUGAGCAAAGAAAAGCUUUGGCCAACCAAUUGACUACCCCUUCACUUAAUACUCCUUCCUCAAUUGCUGUAAAUAAAAAAGUCUAUCGUCACCUUAACAACAACGAUAUUGUAUUGAUGAACCGUCAACCAACUUUACACAAAGCUUCUAUGAUGGGCCAUAAAGUCAGAGUUCUUCAGGGUCAAAAAACAAUUAGAAUUCAUUAUGCAAACACUGGUGCUUACAAUGCUGAUUUUGAUGGAGAUGAAAUGAAUAUGCAUUUCCCUCAAUCUCAAAUGGCAAGAUCUGAAGCCUUUAAUUUAGCUAACACCGAUUCUCAAUAUCUAACACCCACUUCUGGUUCUCCUGUCAGAGGUUUGAUUCAGGAUCAUCUUUCUGCUGGAGUUUGGCUAACCAACAAAGAAUCAUUUUUCACAAAAGAAAAAUACCAAUAUUUUAUUUACAAUUGCUUGAGACCUGAAGAUGGUCACACAAAUAGUAACAGAAUAAAAACUGUCAUCCCAGCUAUUUUAAAACCUGUUCCAUUAUGGACAGGAAAACAAAUAAUAUCAACUAUUUUGUUGAAUAUUAAACCCUUAAACACGCCAGGUAUUAAUUUGACAUCGGAAAAUAAAAUUAAAAAUGAAUACUGGGGUAAUGGAUCUAAAGAAAAUACUGUUUUAUUCAAAGAUGGUGAGUUGUUAUGUGGUAUUCUAGACAAAUCGCAGUAUGGUGCUACUAAAUAUGGUAUCAUCCAUGCUCUCCAUGAAAUCUAUGGUCCUGAUGUUUCUAGUAACUGUUUGUCAGUUUUUUCAAAAUUAUUUACCACAUUCAAUCAAGAAAAUGGUUUAACUUGUGGUAUGGAUGAUUUAAGAUUAACUCCAGAAGGAGAUGAAUGGAGAAAAGAUAUUUUGAAAGAAACUGGUGACUUGGGUAGAUUAAUAGCUUCUGACGUGGCCAAUUUAAGCAAGGAUGUCUCUGUCGAUGAUCCAGAAUUAUUAAAGAGAUUAGAGGAAAUUUCAAGAGAUGCUAACAAAAUUGCUGUUUUAGAUAAUUCCUAUAAAACCUCACUUUCAGGAAUCAAAAGUAGAGUUGACAAAAAGUGUGUUCCAGAUGGUACAAUGAAAAAAUUUCCUUCUAAUGCAAUGCAAAUGAUGUCCUUGUCUGGUGCCAAAGGUACUCCUGUGAAUGUCUCUCAAAUUAUGUGUCUUUUAGGUCAACAAGAAUUAGAAGGUAAGAGAGUACCUUUAAUGGUUUCAGGUAAAUCAUUGCCAUCGUUUCCAUCUUAUGAAACCAGUGUCAGAGCUGGUGGUUUUAUCAAACAGCGUUUCUACUCUGGUCUAAGACCCCAAGAAUAUUAUUUCCAUUGUAUGGCUGGUAGAGAAGGUUUGAUUGAUACCGCUGUUAAAACAGCAAAUUCUGGUUAUUUACAAAGAUGUCUUAUUAAACAAUUAGAAGGUGUGCAUGUUGCCUAUGAUAAUACAGUAAGAAAUUCUGAUGGUACAUUAAUUGAGUUUUUUUACGGCGGUGAUUCCAUUGAUGUCACAAAAGAAUCUUAUAUGAGACAAUUCAAGUUCUGUUUAGAAAACUAUGAUGCAUUUUUAGAAAAAUAUUCUCCUGGAGAUGCACAACAUCUAAUUGAUUUUGAAACUGCAGCUAGAUACUCCAGAAAGGUUAUGAAACAGCUAGAUAAAAAUUCUGGACUCCCUCCUUAUAAACAGGACAUCAAAUAUGAUCCAGUAAUCAAUUUAUUUAAUCCUUCUAAAUAUCUUGGUUCUGUUUCUGAAGAAUUCCAAUCUUCUGUGAAUACUUUUAUGGAAGAGAAUCCUAAAUUAUUUUCAAAAAAGAGUUCAGGAGGUCUAUCAACUAGGAAAUUUCGUGCAUUCAUGCAAUUGAAAUACAUGAAGUCUUUGAUUAAUGCUGGAGAACCUGUUGGCAUUAUUGCAGGUCAAUCCGUUGGUGAGCCUUCGACCCAAAUGACGUUAAACACUUUCCAUUUUGCUGGUCAUGGUGCUGCUAAUGUCACAUUGGGUAUUCCACGUUUAAGAGAAAUUGUUAUGACUGCAUCAACCUCAAUUAAAACUCCACAAAUGACAUUGCCUAUUCUUGAUGAUAUCACUGAUGAACAAGCUGAUGCUUUCCGUCGUUCAGUAGAUAAAGUUUGUUUGUCUCAAUUAAUUGAUAAGGUCACUGUUGUGGAAAGUACAGGUGUUUCUGCUGAUAACAUUGAUGCCUCUAGGUCAUACAAUAUUCACAUAACAUUCUACACCAAUGAGGAAUAUGGUGAAGAGUAUGAUGUAUCACAAAAUGAUUUGGAAAAAUGUAUAAUACAUGACUUUUUGAAAGUUUUGGAGACCAAUGUUUCAAGAGAAGUAAAAAAACAAAAGAAAACAGCCAGAGAGAUAAGCAAACCUGUUUCCAAAAGCAAGACCGAGACUAAAGAUUUUAAAGCAGAUAAACAUGCUGAUGUUGAUGCAGAUACCCAAAAAGAGCGUUCUAAAGGCAAGCAAUCUACUUCUUACGAUGAUCCAGAUGAUGAAGAACUUGAAAUUAUAAAAAAAGGAGAAGCUACUUCAGAAGAAGAAUAUGAUUCUAAUAGUUCUGAUUCAAGCUCAGGUUCAGGUUCAGAUUCAGAUUCAGAUUCGGAGUCUGAAAAUGAAGAUGAGAAUAAAGAUGAAAAUGAGAAAAAAUCAUCCAUUAAAAAACAUUCUAAAGUAAAUUAUUCGGUGAAAUCAACAGAUGCAAAGGAACGUGAAUCAUCUGUUAUAAGUUCACACAACCUCAUUUCACAAUUUAAUUUUGAUGACAAAUAUGGUGAAUGGUGUGAAUUUACUUUAGACUUAAACACUCAAACAGAAAAAUUGCUUAUGCUUCAAAUUGUUGAAGAAGUCUGCCACAAAGUUGUUGUUAGGGAGAUUGAGAAAAUUUCCGGAUGUUAUCGUCCAUCAGUUAAAUCAGGUCAAAAAAGAGUUUUUACCACUGCUGGAGUUAACUUCUAUCCUAUGUGGGAACAAGAUGAUAUUAUUGAUGUUAAUGGUAUUACAUCCAACGAUGUUUAUGCUAUGUUAACUACCUACGGUGUUGAAGCUGCUCGAAACACGAUUGUUAAUGAAAUUUACAAUGUUUUUAACAUCUAUGGUAUUGGUGUUAAUUCUCGUCAUUUGGAUUUGAUUGCCGAUUAUAUGACUAGAGAUGGUACCUAUCUUGCUUUCAAUCGUCAAGGUAUUGCAUUGUCCACCUCUCCAUUUAUGAAAAUGAGUUAUGAAACUACUUGCAAUUUCCUUACUGAGGCUGUUUUGAAUAACACCAGAGAAGAACUUAAUAGUCCUUCUGCAAGACUUGUUAUUGGUAAGUUGUCAAAUGUUGGUACUGGCAGUUUCGAUGUGUUGGCCAAAAUGCCUUUGAAUUAACUCUUGU